AUGAUUGAAGAAGUGCAUGUGGGAACCUGCAGGCCUCACAUGAAUGGGUUCGUGCUAGCCAAGAAGAUUCUAAGAACUGGAUAUUACCGGAUGACCAUAGAGAGUGACUGUAGCAAAUUCGUCCAAAAAUGCCACAAGUGUCAGAUUCAUGGAGACUUGAUAAAGGUCCCUCCGACAGAACUGAAUGCUAUGACGUCACCUUGGCCAUUCACCGCUUGGGGCAUGGAUGUUAUAGGACCAAUUGAGCCAGCUGCGUCAAACAAACACCAUUUCAUUUUGGUCGCCAUAGACUACUUCACCAUGUGGGUGGAAGUGGCAUCUUAUGCAUCAGUAACAAAGAAAGUAGUCGCAGAUUUUGUGUGCAAUAACAUCAUAUGCCGAUUUGGUAUCCCAGAAUCAAUCAUAACAGACAAUGGGGCUAAUUUGAACAACCACUUGAUGAAAGAAAUGUGUGCGCAAUUCCGAAUCACUCACCGGAAUUCAACCGCAUACCGGCCACAAAUGAAUGGGGCAGUGGAAGCCGCCAACAAAAAAAUCAAGAAAAUCCUCUGA